AUGUUACCACUGCACAUGGGAAAAAUGUCAAAUGAUCCAAGGUGCCUAGCUGCGUUGGUUGCGCGCAACUGGGUUAUGGGCGAUGAGGACGAUGAGGAUGAAUCAUGUCCACUUUGCAUGCAGACCCUGGAUGAGACGGACAUAUCAUUUUUUGCCUGUCCCUGCAACUACCAGGUUUGCCUCUUCUGUGUCCACUACAUUGUGGAGCAGAUGAAUGGCAAAUGCCCGGCAUGCAGACAGGACUAUGUGGAGUCUCAAUUUAGGUAUGAUGCAAGUCGUGCGAAAAGUUUCCGUGAAAAGCAAGCGGAAAAGAAGAAGGGUGUGAACAAGAAGGACGACAAGUCCAGAGAGGAGCAAGAAAGAGAUAUGCGUGCUCGGCAUGCAGAGAAGCUGAAGGGCAGAUCUGGCCGCCGGGACUUGGCGGAGGUUCGUGUCGUGCAGAGGAAUGUGGUGCAUGUGAUCGGCCUCACAACUAAUGUUGCAAAGGAGGAGAUCUUGAAGUCCCCAGAAUUUUUUGCUCAGUAUGGAAAGCUGCAACGUGUCACUGUGAGCAAGGCACCUGUUCAGUCGAAGUUUCACAGCGACAAGAGUGUUCCCAUUUAUAGCGCGUACUUGACCUUCGAAAAGCCGGAAGAGGCACACGUUGCAAUUCAAGCGGUGGAUGGAUUUGCGGUGGAUGGCCACACUCUCCGGGCCAACUUUGGCACCACCAAGUACUGCCGCAAGUUCUUAGAAGGAGAGAAGUGCGAGCGCAAGGACUGCAACUUCUUGCACAAGUUGGUUGAUGAAAGUGCUGAGAAGGGCAAGGGCAAGGAUGGGAAGGAUGGGAAAGGGAAGGACGGCAAGGGCAAGGACGGUAAAGAUGGCAAGGAUGGAAAGGGAAGCUGGGCAUGGCAUGGAAAAGACAAUUACUGGGAGGAGACGAAAGGAAGUAAGGAUGGAAAAGGAAAGGACAGCUACUACAACUGGAAAGACGAGAAGGGCAAAAAGGAUGGCUGGAAAGGAAAAUCCAAGGACUCCAAAGAUGGCAACGGAAAGGGGAAGAGUAAGGAAGCGGUUAACGGCCGUUACGACGCGGAGCUGGAAAGCGGUUCCCAGGUCGCAGCGAAAGAGGCUCUUCCCGACAGCUGGGAGAAUGAAGAAAGUGAAGCGAAAGAAGAGGAGCUAUCGGAUAGGGGAGCUGCAACCAGGUCUGUGCAGGAUAAAGCACCUGCAAACCCUGGACCUCAGGCGGCGCCCUCCCAAGCUCCAGAAGCAGCAGCAGUGGCCAAAGCUGGAGCUCCGCUACAGCCUCCCUCCCAGCCUCCAUCAAUGCCGCCUCAGCCUCGACAACCACCCACCCGGCCACCCAUGCAAGCGCCCACCCAACCUCCAGCCACACCUGCAGCCCCAACGACCGCCCCACCAGCUGCACCAGCCGCACCAACCACAGCUCCCCCAGCCACGGCUGCACCAACUGCCGCAAGGCCGCAGCAGCCAGCGCAGCCACCAGCACAACCACCUGUGCAGCCUCCUGAAAGGCCGCUCCAACCACCGGCACAACCACCCAAGCAGCCACCCAUGCAGCCACCUAUGCAGCCUCCAGUGCAGCCACCACAUCCGUCACUAGCUCAACCGCCAACGCUUCCACCGCAACAGCCACCGCAACAGCCUCCACAGCAGCCGCCGCAGCAGCCGCCACAGGAGCCACCCCAGCCAGUCACGCAGCCACCACAGAUGGCACCACAAGCACAACCCACCCAGUCACCGGCCAGACAGAUCUCACAACCUCCGCAACAGCCUCCACAACAGCCACCACAACACCCUCCACCAUUCCAAGCAACAGUCGCAACGCCUUCCAAACCAUCUGCACCUGCACCACCUGCACCAUCUGCACCAUCUGCUUCUGAGAGCACAGAUGAGAGCCAAGCCGCGACCCUCAGGCCAGAUGCUUUGCGGACAGGCGCAGCCUGGCAGGCUCCACCGGGGAUGUUCGGUCCCAACUCAGUGCAAAGUCCGCCGGGCAUCCCUCAAACACCGCCGGGCGCCUGUGAUCGCUGA